CGCCUCCAUGGCAACCUCAGCUUCCCCUUUUCUCAUAACCAUUCCACCUAAACCUUCUUCCCUCUAACAAAAUCUCAAAACUUCCUGUGUGCCUUUUCAGGAUUCACUAUUCAUCUACACCCACCAUUACCUCUUCCACUUUGAAUAGAGUUUCUCUACCUAAAACCCAUUUGAGACAAAAGUGUCUGAUUCACACCAUCUUGUUUUUGUUUGUCCAAAGACAAAGAGAGAUUAACAACACUAACCCAGAUCAGAUACUACUGAUUAGUGAGAUUACCACUUAACAAUGAAUCCCCAAUCUUUACCUGUGCCAAUGGAGAGACUUAAUGAGCAAUGCCCUCCACCAUUUCUCUCCAAAACCUAUGAGAUUGUGGAUGACUCAACAACCAAUCACAUAGUGUCUUGGAGCAAAGCAAACAACAGCUUUGUUGUAUGGGAUCCCCAGGCCUUUGCCAUCAGGCUUCUCCCCAAGUACUUCAAGCACAACAAUUUCUCUAGCUUUGUCAGGCAGCUCAACACUUAUGGAUUUAAAAAGGUUGAUACAGAUAGAUGGGAGUUUGCUCAUGAAGUGUUUCUCAGAGGGCAAAAGCAUCUUUUAAAGAAUAUCAGGAGAAGGAGGAAUACAUCUCAUAAUGUUCAUUAUGCUAAUUCACAGCAGGGUCUGGACUCUUGCAUUGAGGUUGGAAGUUUCGGAUCGUUAGAUGGAGAAAUUGAUCAGUUAAGGCGUGAUAAGGAGGUUUUGAUGGGGGAACUGGUGAAGCUUAGACAACAGCAGCAGACUACUAGACUUCACCUCCAUGGAAUGGAAGAUAGGCUCAAGAGAACAGAAAUGAAACAACAACAGAUGAUGAAUUUCUUGGCAAGAGCAAUGCAGAAUCCCAACUUUGUACACCAAUUGGCACAGAAGAAGGACAGAAAGAAACAACUUGAGGAUGCUAUUAGAAAGAAAAGAAGGCGGCUUAUUGAAGGGCCUAGUAGUAUUGAGGUGGGUGAAUUAGGCCAAGGUGGAGGAGAAGCUUUUGUUAAAGUUGAACCACAAUAUUAUGGUGACAUAACUGAGCUUGAAGUUUCAGGGUUGGACACGUUUGUUGUGGAAAUGCAAGGAACAGAUGAAAACCAAUUGGUCCAUGAUGGGCUAGAGUGUAUGGAGAAAGAAGAGGACCAUGAAAGGAGAAGCAAAGAUUUGUCUGAGGUAUUUUGGGAAGAGUUUUUGAAUGACGGCGUUGAUGAAGAUGUUGAAGUACCAGGUGUUCAAGAAGAGGAUGAGGAAGAUGUCAAUGUGUUGAUUGAACAGCUUGGUUGCUUGGUAUCCAAGCCCAAGUAAAGAAAAUCAUCAAGCUUUCUGCACAUAUAUAUUUUCUUCAUCGAGCUGGUGUAGGAAAGCUUUAACAAUUCCUGAUCUUCACAAGUCAUUUUCUUAUUUGGUAUUGACAACUUAAUCCAAGCACAUUGCCACUCGUCCACCGCAUUC